GCGACGACAUCUCCGCUGUCGACGUCGAAGCGGUGGAUCGUGGACGCCGGGUCCGGCGAGCGUGUGAAGCUGGCAUGCGUGAACUGGCCGUCUCACCUGGAGCCGAUGGUGGCGGAGGGGCUGUCGAAGCGGCCGCUGGACGAGAUAUCCAAGGCGAUAGGAACUAUGGGGUUCAACUGCGUCCGACUCACCUGGCCGACGUUCCUCGCUACUAACGACUCCCUCGCCAGCCUCACCGUCCGACAGUCCUUCGAGCGACUCAGCGCCCUGAAUUUCACCGAUGUCUCAUUAAUCGAACGCCACAAUCCAGCUCUCAUCGACCUCCCUCUCAUCGAAGCUUAUCAGGCUGUAGUUUCAAAUCUUGGAGACAACAAUGUGAUGGUGAUAUUGGACAACCACAUAAGCAAGCCAGGGUGGUGCUGCAGCAGAACCGACGGUAAUGGCUUCUUCGGAGACACCUACUUCGACCCGAACAUGUGGGCGGAAGGCCUAAACUACAUGGCCACUCUAUUCAGAUCGCAUAAGAACGUGAUCGGGAUGAGCUUGAGGAACGAGCUGAGAGGACCGAGACAAAACGUGGAAGAUUGGUUUAAGUACAUGGCAAUGGGAGCCGAGGCAGUGCAUGCGGCUAACAAGGACGUGCUCGUCAUCCUCUCCGGCCUUAGCUUUGACAACGAUCUAAGCUUUCUGUCCACGAGGCAACUGAAUGUGAGCUUUUCUAGGAAGCGCAAACUCGUGUUCGAGGUGCACUGGUACUCCUUCUCCGACAGCGAGGCGUGGCGUAACGGCAACCCGAACGACGUCUGUGGGAGCAUCUCCGGCAGCGUCACCAACAAGGCCGGCUUCCUGCUCCAACGCAAGUUUCCUCUGUUCCUUAGUGAGUUUGGGAUGGACCAGAGGGGAGUGAAUGUGGAGGACAACCGAUAUUUCAGCUGCGCCAUGGCAUAUGCCGCAGACAAGGAUUUGGAUUGGUCACUGUGGACGUUGCAAGGGAGUUAUUAUCUCAGGGAAGGCGUCGUGGAGUUGGAGGAGGUGUAUGGCGUUCUCUCAUUGAACUGGACUACAGUUCGGAACCCAACCCAGUUGCAGAGGGUCCAAUCCAUACAGCAACCUUUUCGAGGUCCAGGUUUCUCUGAUGUUCCACCCUACAAGAUUAUCUUCCAUCCCUUGACUGGUCACUGCGUCACACUCGACUCCUCUCGACGGCUCACGCUUGCAGUAGGCCCUUGCAGCCAAAUGUGGAGCUACGGUCACCACAAAACUUUGUCACUGAACACUACAGGUUCAACGCCUUCCUGCAUCACCGCCGUCGGGGUCGGAAUGCCCGUCGCGCUGGCAGAAUGCGACCGUGUGACGAGCUCCAAGUGGGCGCUUUUGUCCUCCUCCCACAUGCACGUGUCGACCAAAGUUGCCGGCGGCAAUGCGACUGUGUGCUUGGAUGUUGGCGGCGACGGCAGGAGCUUGAUCACGAAUCCUUGCCGGUGCUUGGGUGGGGACGCGAGGUGUGACCCCGAGGGCCAGUGGUUUAAGUUGGUCACCUCCACCAGACUUUGUGACUACACUUGUCUCCAAGAGCCUUCAAGAACUGACAGUGAAAAUGUGGAGAAGCUCGCUGAGAUCGCCGUUGUAGAUCACACUGUAGUCGCUGGAGAGGAAUGCGCGAAGAAGACGCUCACCAACGGCUAUAACCUAUGCAACGGUCAUAUCCCAAUUGAUUGA